GCAGUCCGUUUCACUGAGGAACCAGCGGCUGAACCUGAAGCAUCUGCACACAUUGAACAACCAUGAGCAACCCUUACUACGGCUGGAGCAACAGCUCGACUGACAACUGCACCGACGUGGACGAUCUGAUGAAGCGCUACUAUCUGCCCGCGUUUUACGGCACCAUCUUCGUCGUAGGCGUGAUAGGCAACAUCACCGCUCUGCUGGUCUACGUGGUUAAAGUUCGUCCCUGGAAGAGCAGCACCAUCAUCAUGGUGAACCUCGUCAUCACCGACCUCCUCUUCAUGAUCUCCUUGCCCUUCCUGACCUACUACUACAGCCUCAACGACUCGUGGACGCUGGGCAUCAUCAUGUGUCGCUUCACGCGCUUCAUCUUCCACUUCAACCUCUACGGCAGCAUCCUCUUCCUCACCUGUCUGUCCAUCUUUCGCUACGUGGCGGUCGUGCAUCCGACGCACGCACACAGCAUCAAGCAGAAGCGCUGGGGAACGCUGGCGUGCAUCCUGUGCUGGGCCGUGGCGGUUGCAGAAAUAAGUCCGAUUUUUAACCAAAUUGAAAUGAAGCAGCUCGACAACAAAACCUACUGCUUGGAUCUUGCGAGCAACAACCCACAAUUCAUGUGGCCGUAUAGUUGGGUGUUGACCGUGCUUGGAUAUCUGGUUCCUCUAGUCGUGGUCUGUCUUUGCUAUUGGCGCAUCAUUAAAGUGCUAAAGAAAGGUCCUCAUAAGGAAAGCAGCAAACGUGUAAGAGCGAGGCGGCUCAUCGUGUUGAUUCUGACAUGCUUCAUUGUGUGCUUUUUCCCUUUUCACGUGCUACGGGCUUGGAGGAUCUACACGAGACUCACUCCGGAAACCGACUGCAUGCUGGACCGCUGGGUUCACGCCGCCUAUAUCAUCUCGAGGCCGAUUGCUGCAAUCAACAUCAUUUUCAACCUGCCGCUCUAUACGUUAUCGGGCGAUUGUUUUAAGCAGGCCUUCGUGGAAAUGUUCAAAUGUGAUCGGUUCGUGGCGAAAAUAAAGGGAUUGUUAAAGCGGCUGUGAUCAACAAACCCACGACCAACAUCACGCAUGACCAAAGCAGCUGAGACUCAUGCUGGUGUUUGAAAUGUACAGUGAACGAUGAGCCAAAG